GCCAUGCUUAAAUUUUGAUGUCUGAAGCCAACUGACACCUUGUGUGAGAGAUUCAAAGUACGAUGAAUGACUGACACGUAAAAUACAGAUUUCCUUGAUUAUUAAAUAAUUCGUGCGUGAUAUGGGUUGUUCUACAGUAUCAGAGUUGAUAUUUUGAUUUUAUGUUGAAAGUGUGUUGAAGAAUCAGAAUACAUAUUGCAAAAAAAAUUUAUUAUUGUGCGUAUGUGUCGAUAUUAGGUUAUAUUAUCAAACGGGGAACAACACACGAAGAAACGUGACAGUUACCCCGAUCGUUUGAAAGUCGAAUAAGGGUGUUUUGAUUUUGUAUCGGUGAAGGUUUUCAAUUGUACAUUUAGAAUCUGCAAUACGGAAUAAAGUAUAUUACACGAUGAGGCGAAAAGCAGGCGUUGGUGCAAUACACAAACAAAAGCUGGAGCAAGAAAAAUACAGAGAUAAGGGAACCGAGAUUCAAGAAAAUCAGUUUGAGCAAAUGUCAAAACAAAUGGAAACUUUUCGUAUUAAUCUAGAAGAUUUUGCUACGAAACAUAAAACUGAAAUAAAAAAGAAUGCACGUUUUCGGCGACAAUUCACGGAAAUGUGUGCAUCGAUAGGUGUAGACCCACUAGCCUCUGGAAAAGGAUUUUGGUCAGUUCUUGGCAUAGGAGACUUUUAUUAUGAACUUGCUGUACAAAUUGUCGAAGUUUGUAUGGCCACAAAUUACAAAAAUGGUGGAUUGAUAUCGUUGGAUGAACUUAGGACAAGGUUAAUUCAAGCUAGAGGUCGUAGAAAAGAGCAUCAAGAGAUCACAAAUGAGGACUUAUUAGCUGCUGCUAAGAAAUUAAAAAUUUUUGGAAAUGGAUUUUCCAUUGUCCCAGUUGGUAGAGGUAAAUACUUGGUGCAAUCUGUUCCUGGGGAACUAAGUAUGGAUCAUACAGCUGUAUUACAGCAAGCUAGUUUAUCUGGAAAUGCGUAUGUUUCAAUAUCCAUGCUUUGCAAGGAAUUAAAGUGGGAAGCAAGUCGUGCACAGAAAUCUUUGGAUCAUAUGGUAAAAGAGGGACUGGCAUGGUUAGAUGAACAAGGUGAAAAUGAAAAAUUAUAUUGGUAUCCUAGUUUAUUUACAGCCUGCAUUGUGUCGAAAGAGUAA